AUAUUCAAGAAACCCCAUUUGAUUUGAGAUCAACCCACCCCCACCCCACUCACUCCACUCCAUAUUCAAGGAACCCCAUUUGAGAUCAAGCCCCCUUACCCCCACCCCACACAUCAACCCAUAUUCAAGAAAACUUGAAGAAUUCCUCUUCUUUGAAUCAGUAACAAUGGAUAAGGAAGGAAAGAAGAGAAGCAGCAAAGAGAAAGGGAACAGCCUGCCCCCAAGAAGAGGUCAGAUCAAGGGCAAGAUAUUUGAGGAUUGGAAAGAAACAUUGUGGGGUGGGGGCAAGAGGGAUGAUGAUCACUGUGGAAGUAGCAAUACUAUUAUAAGCCAAGAAAGCAAUGGCAGGCCAGAUUAGUACAAUUCAUUGCCUUAGCUAUAUGGAUUGUUCGACUAAAAUGUAUCAAGAAGCAUACAUAUAUAUAUAUGUAUGUAUAUAGGUGGAAUUUCUUGGAAAAUCGAAAGGAGGAGGAAAAGAAAAGAGUAUGAGGUUCCGAUUCAAACAGCCAGUGCCAUUGUCUUUGCUCCAGCCGCGGCAAGCGGCGGCUGCGGCGGCGUCGCUUCAUUCAGUAACAAAGCAGUUGUUUCAUCAUUUGGGAUUGCGUUCGAUAUAGAUGGGGUGAUACUUCGUGGUACAACUCCGAUUGGGAAUUCACGGAGAGCGCUGAGAAGAUUGUAUGAUGAUUCUGGUGCUAUGAAUAUUCCUUUUCUAUUUCUGACGAAUGGUGGUGGCAUCCCAGAGUCCAGAAGAGCCUCAGAAUUAAGUGAUAUUCUUGGAGUGAAGAUUUUAGCUUCUCAGGUAGUGCAAGGUCACUCACCCUUUAGAACUUUGCUAAAGAGAUAUGAAAAUGAAUUCAUUGUUGCUACUGGAAAAGGGGAACCAUAUGAAAAUGAAUUCAUUGUUGCGAAAGGAAAAGGGGAACCUGCCGUUGUUAUGUCUGAAUAUGGCUUUAAGAGAGUUAUCUCACUAGAGGAGUAUGCAUCACAGUUCAAGAACAUUGAUCCUGUGGCUCAGUACAAGAGGUGGACAACUGAGCAGGAAUUGAACUGCUCACGAAAUUCUGAGAAGAUUGCCUCGAGCCAUAUCGAUUGUUCCCAAAAGGUCAAAGCUGCUUUUGUUGUUAGUGAUCCUGUUGACUGGGGGAGGGACAUACAGGUUCUGUGCGAUAUUUUGACAUCUGGAGGUGUUCCUGAAGAGGAGAAUGGGCAACAACCACCACUGUAUUUUGCUGCAGAUGAUCUGCAAUACCAGGCUGCAUUUCCUUCAGAACGUCUUGGUAUGGGUGCAUUUAGGAUCGCUCUCGAGAGUGUCUUCAAUAGAAUUCAUGACAAACCGUUGGAGUAUACAUCUUUCGGGAAACCAAAUCCAUUUGUUUUCAGCAAUGCGGAAAUGAUAUUAAGACAGCUCUUGCAAUUUCCCACUCCUGGUAAUGUCGGAACGGAAGAUGUCAGGUUACCUUCUUUCAAAACCCUGUACAUGAUUGGCGACAAUCCCUUGGUUGAUGUCAAAGGAGCACAGCAGGCAGGAUACCCCUGGUUUUCAAUUUUGACCAGGACAGGUGUUUUCAGGCAAAGGGAGAACCAUACACAGUAUCCAGCUGAUAUGGUAAACCUAAUGAUUCUGUACUCUUUGUUUCUUCUUCUUUUCACCGUUGUAUCUGUGAAAACAAUUUGCCGUAGUCUUUCUUUACAUGGUUUUCUCGUCGUCUCCUUGUUUCCUAUCAUGACCACAUGGUUUUGCAUUUUGUGUUCCACCCCUGCGCGCUGUGGUCUGAACACUCCGAGGUCUCUUAUUCUAUAUUUUAUCGGCCUGGGAACAUCAUUGUGAAUCAUGUCACAUCAGCAUAAUGUAGAUUCUAGUGGCAACGUGGUUUAAUUAUCAUGUCUAAUGUUUCCAUAUCAAGCACAUAUAAAAAUUCUUCUUCGUGAUGCUUAUGUUGGAGCCCGGUGCCGCCUUAAAUUGUUACAUCUAAGGAUU